CUCGAUCGGAAUGCUUGUUCUUGAAAAACCCGCCAUAAUGUUUCUAUGUAACAUUCAAGGAACCAGUACGUGUAAUUGGUUAUCGGUGAUUAUUUUAUGUUCAAGGUACUUUCAAGUAAACUGCGGCUUUUUACAAUGUCUGCAGAACAGAAAUUCGAAGUUUUAUUUAUUUUGGGUGGUCCCGGUGCGGGAAAGGGAACAUUGUGUAGAUACAUUACUGAAAAGUAUGGUUAUGUACACUUAUCAGCUGGUGAUCUAUUAAGAGAGGAACGUAUGAAACCGAACUCAAAAUAUGGGGAACUUAUCGAAAAAUUUAUCAAAGACGGAAAGAUUGUACCAGUUGCAAUUACUUGCAGUCUUUUGGAUAAUAGCAUGCAGACGAGCGACAGUCCACACAAAAGAUUCUUAAUUGAUGGUUUUCCAAGGAACCAGGAUAAUGUUGAUGGUUGGAAUGAGCGUGGCGCAGCAGGAAGUGGAAGAUCUGAUGAUAAUGAGGAAGUUUUAGUCAAAAGGCACGAGACUUAUAUCACAAAUACACUACCCAUAAUCGAAUAUUUUGAAAAACAAGGCUUGAUAUACAAAGUAAAUAGUAUGCAAUCACCAGAAAAAGUAUUCGAAGAUGCUAAAGAGAUUCUAUCUAAAAUAGGA